UGCUGCUCUGUCCUCCUUUUCCUGUCAUUCAACUUGAAACAAUUGCUGCAUUUCUCUCUCUCUCUCUCUCUGCCCCACUGUCUCUGUUUCCUUUGUUUCUCUGGCUCCCUCUUCUUCUCUAACUUUCUGUUUUCCAAGAGAAGACGACAACUUUCUUUUUGUUUCUCACUGGCCCACAGUAAUUGUCCGCUCUUUCUUUGGCUUUUGAACUUCUUCGCCGGAGGAGCCGUCUUCUCACCGCCGAGUCCUCUCCUGAGCGACAGCCGCCUCGCGCUUCCACGGCAACUGUGUAACUACAGAGUGCAGGCAUGGGGCAGAAAUCGGGAGAAAGACAAACAGCGUUGUCAUCGGAGAGGGGCCACUGAGGAGUGAUUCCGAAAGUGGACAGAAACAGAGGAGGAGAGAAGUUCGAGGACCGGACCAAACUUUACAUCUCUGGGGAAUUUUUCUCGUCCUGUGCAACGGUGGAUAGCAAGAAGAGAUAGAGAAGACUAAACUCGCCGGAGGAUGGAAAUCUUUAGCUUUUUCCCCUGGUUUGUUUUCUGUAGCAGCUUAUUUACAAAGUGUCAACAGACUUGAAAAUUGCCCUUUCUGCCUCUGGAAAGAACUGCUGGCUUAAGAAGCUGUUGACAAAAGUUGGCGACAAAGAUUUCUGCCUUGUGAACGGAGUGUGUUUGUCUGUGCAGUGUGUGUGUGUGUGUGUGUGUUAGCGUCAUCUUGCACUUGUGUCCGGACCUCGCUGUGUUUAUUUAUGUAACUUUUGCACACGAGACGUUUGCUGCGUGUGUGUGAUGCGCGGUCGGGAAGCCGCGAGCCUUCUAUCUGUCCUCGGCACGGACAGACACGGGGAGGGACAGACAUGUGGCGUUUCCAUGGCGACGAGUGGCUGUAGCCCCUUCCCCAUGUGUUGGGACAGAGAAUAUGACAGACACUUAGCAGCUGCAGUGUCAGCAAGGAAAACCAUGGCGACGGCCUACCUGGACCCCAACCUGAAUCACACCCUCCUCGGAGGGGCCAAAUCACGGCUGAGUGCAGGGGGGUCGGACCGAACCAUCGCCGGCUCCGUGGACCGGGUUCUCAAAGUCUUCCAUCACUUUGAGACCAACACUGAGAACAGCUGCUGGUCGUCCAACAUCAGAUAUGGAGACGCAACUGAUGUCCGGGGAAUCAUCCAGAAAAUUCUGGACAUCCACAAAGUGCGCUGGACGUCCUGCUUCGGCCUGCGCCUCAGCAACAGCCAGUGCGGAGACCAGGUGCACUGGCUCCACCCUGACAUGGGUGUUUCCCCCGUCAGAGAGAAAUUCGAACAGGCACGACCAAACGAGGAGUGGAGGUAUGAAUUAAGGAUCCGGUAUCUUCCCAAGGGCUUCAUGCAGCAGUUUACAGAAGACAAACCUACACUCAACUACUUCUACCACCAGGUGAAGAAUGACUACAUGACAGAAAUCGGGGAUAAAUUAGAACAAGAUGUUGCUCUCAAACUGGGCUGUCUAGAAAUUAGGAGGUUCUUCAAAGAGAUGAGAGGAAACGCCCUGGAUAAGAAAUCCAACUAUGAACUACUGGAGAAAGACGUUGGUUUGAGGCGCUUUUUCCCAAAAGACCUGUUGGAUUCAGUCAAGGCUAAAACUCUUCGUAAGUUGAUCCAGCAGACCUUCAAGCAGGUGGCCAAUCUCAACGACGAGCAGUGCAUCCUGAAGUUCUUGGAGAUACUUGCGCCGGUCUACCGCUACGACAAGGAGUGCUUCAAAUGUGCCCUUGGUUCCAGCUGGGUGAUUCAGGUGGAGUUGGCCAUCGGGCCAGAGGAAGGGAUCAGCUACCUCACUGACAAGGGAUCCACACCUACGCACCUGGCUAACUUUAACCAAGUUCAGUCCAUCCAAUACUCAUCUAUGGAGGAGAAGGACAGGAAAGGCAUGUUACAGCUCCAUGUAGCCGGAGCUGCUGAGCCUCUCACAGUUACAACAGCAUCGCUGACCAUGGCGGAAAACUUGGCUGACUUGAUUGACGGUUACUGUCGACUCGUCUCCAUGGAAACUCAUUCCUUCAUCGUCCGAUAUCAGAAAGAGGGAGAGAGAGCACUGCCCUCCAUCCCAAAACCGUCUAACAAUGAGAAGAAGUUGGAAGCAGUCAGGAGUGGAGUAAGAGCAAUCUCUGUCUCGGACCUAGUGACAUCGACACCUCCUAAGCCAACCAAGGCGCGGCGUUUCCUCCUCCCCUUUGUCUUCUGUUCAGAUUCGCCGCCCAAUGAGGAUCUUAGUGGGGAUGAGACCGACGACUAUGCGGAGAUAGUGGAUGAAGAGGACACAUACACCAUGCCCUCCAUGAGCUAUGGAGUAGUUGAAGCACGGGACUAUGAGAUCCAGAGGGACAGGAUAGAGUUGGGUCGCUGCAUUGGAGAGGGUCAGUUUGGAGAUGUGCACCAAGGAGUCUAUAACAGCCCGGACAAACCCGCCCUGCCUGUCGCCAUUAAGACCUGUAAGAACUGUACCUCCGACAGCGUCAGAGAAAAGUUCCUGCAGGAAGCAUUGACAAUGCGUCAGUUCGACCACCCGCACAUUGUCAAGCUUAUCGGAGUGAUCACAGAGAACCCGGUGUGGAUCAUCAUGGAGCUCUGUACGCUCGGAGAGUUGCGUUCGUUCCUUCAGGUGAGGAAGUACAGUCUGGACCUGGCGUCUCUCAUUCUGUUUGCCUACCAGCUCAGUACGGCGCUGGCCUAUCUGGAGAGCAAACGCUUUGUACACAGGGACAUCGCAGCUCGUAAUGUGUUGGUGUCGUCAGUCGACUGCGUGAUGCUCGGAGACUUUGGCCUGUCACGAUACAUGGAGGACAGCUCGUACUACAAAGCGUCUAAAGGAAAACUUCCCAUCAAGUGGAUGGCACCUGAAUCUAUCAACUUCAGAAGAUUCACCUCUGCCAGUGACGUCUGGAUGUUUGGCGUGUGCAUGUGGGAGAUCUUGAUGUACGGCAUCAAGCCCUUCCAGGGCGUGAAGAACAACGAUGUGAUCGGCAGGAUAGAGAACGGCGAGCGACUGGCUAUGCCUCCUCAGUGCCCGCCCACCCUCUACAGUUUGAUGACCAAAUGUUGGUCGUAUGACCCCAGCAAGAGGCCGCGGUUCACCGAACUCAAAACACAGCUCAGCACCAUCCUGGAGGAAGAAAAGCUUCAACAAGAGGAGAGACUUCGAAUGGAGAUGAGGAGACAAGUCACUGUGUCCUGGGACUCUGGAGGGUCCGACGAAGCGCCGCCUAAGCCCAGUAGACCAGGUUACCCCAGUCCUCGCUCCAGUGAAGGCUUCUUCACCAGCCCCCAACACAACCACUUUCCACCAUCAGCUCAUGGUGGUGUAGGAGGAGUAGGAGGCAGCUUUCCACCUACUGAGUCCUGGAAUCAACACAGACCUGAACACACUGCACUGUGGAGCCCGAACAUGGAGGACAGUGGAUGUGUUGGCCAUGCGCUGAUGGAGGAGAGGCUGAUGAUGCAGCAGCAACAGAUGGAGGAUGACCAGCGGUGGCUUGAGCAGGAGGAGAGCUUCAUGAAGACAGAGUCCAGAAACAGCAGAGGAAGCAUCGACAGAGAGGACGGCACAAUACAAGCACCGGGUGGAAGCCAACACAUCUACCAGCCUGUAGGGAAACCAGAACACGUAGCUCCUCCCAAGAAGCCGCCCCGCCCCGGAGCUCCCGGUCACCUCGGCAACCUGGCCAGCCUCUGCCCUGUGGACAGCUAUAACGAGGGAGUCAAGUUGCAGCCCCAGGAGAUCAGUCCGCCUCCCACCGCCAACUUGGAUCGUUCCAACGACAAAGUGUACGAGAAUGUGACGGGAUUGGUCAAAGCUGUGAUUGAGAUGUCCAACAGGAUUCAGCCCGCAGCACCGGAGGAGUACGUCCCCAUGGUCAAGGAGGUGGGUCUGGCUCUGAGGACUCUGCUAGCGACAGUAGAUGAGACACUUCCUGUGCUGCCAGCCAGCACACACAGAGAGAUUGAGAUGGCCCAGAAAUUGUUGAAUUCAGAUCUGGCAGAGUUGAUAGCGAAGAUGAAACUGGCCCAACAGUAUGUGAUGACAAGUUUGCAAAAGGACUACAAGAAACAGAUGCUAAUGGCAGCUCACGCGCUCGCCGUCGACGCCAAGAACCUGCUGGACGUCAUCGACCAAUCGCGACUCAAGAUGAUCACCCAGACGCGCCCACACUAGCCCAGGAUCCAGUCGAAGCCUUAGGUGUCGUGCGGGGCCGGGAGAGACGAUGUCGCCGUGGCGACAGUGGAGGAGAACAUUUUGAGAUGGAUAUCGGUGAUGGAUGAAAGACAAAAAAUCGACUGACUGAUACAAUCAGCUCCCUCUUCUCCCCCUUCAAACAUUCAUGAUCCUCCUUUUUCUCCCCGGCAACAGUCAUGUUUUGCUCAAUAUUGUGUUGUUUUGUACUUUUGUCGCAUUAUUUUUUGCUUUUGUAUCCAGAGAAACGCUCUUCUCUCCCUCAACGUAUCCUCAAAAAAAAUCAUCCAUUACAACUUUUUUUUUUUUUUUUUUUAAAUCUUUGAAGAAAAACGAAUCAGAGGCUCGUUUACAGGACUGUGCAGAUGUUUCCGGUGGAUGGACGCAACAUAAACACAAGACUAACUCUCUCCGCAGAGGCAGGAUGUAACAACUGGAACUGAAGAGCCAGAAAGACGAGGAUAAUGAAGACGAUUUCAUAAUGUUGUUGUUUAAACAUGCUUUUAUAUCACCAUUAAAUAUUAUUAUUAUUAUUAUUAUUACUACUACUUCUACUUUCAGCCUUGACUCUUACAGUUUGUCUAUGGCAGUUUUUCAGUCUUCCUUUUGAAAACAAAUCUACAAUUUCAUAAAAUGUCAUGAUUUCAACAUUUUCCAUCUUCCUCCCUGUAUCUCUCUAUCUCAGGCAUCAACACGAGACACAGAAACCGAUAUAUGAAAGCUGAAUUUUGAAGAACACACUAAAUCUCUUUAUGAGGGAAAAAAUAACAUUGUAAAAACAACAAAACACUGCCACGUGCCACUUUUUAAGUUAACUACAUAGUAAAUAUACAAAGAAGCUAUAUUUUUUAACACAUUUCUGAGACAUGAGUUGCUUAGUGAAUGAGGGAGAUGGAUGAACGGGGGGGGGGGGGGAUGAGGGAAUUGGAGGGGUGAGAGGUGGAGGAAGGGCGGCUUUUCAGGUACAAUGGAGGUGCUAAUUAUAUUGUACAGUAGGUUGCCCUGUGCCAAACGAAUCAACCACGAAAAAAAAGAAACAUGUCAUACAAUGUAAUACUCAGAUUCACAUUGGUCACAUUGUGUAUUCGAGCCAGACGUGUUGUCGUAUCAGCCUCGUCUUUGUUUCCUUCGAUCCUGGUUUGUCGUCACAUUAAUGUUCACUCAACAAUUUGUGAUUUGAGGAUUUUCAGUUUCGCAAAAAUGUCCCUCCUUUAGCCGCUGGGAUUGGAUUUCCGUCGUCUUAGAAAAUUGAAUUUUGAUGAAGUUGUUCUUUCAAGUUGUUGAAAUUUGGAAGGGGAUUCCAAACCUGUUGGUUUAUAUUUUUAUAAAAUGUAUAAUACAACAUUAAAAAAUACUUUCUGGGGCUGCAUUGAAUAGUCGAAUUGUUAACUCCUCAAAACCAGGAAACAAUUCUCCAGUGGGGUUUUUUUUAGGGCUGAAAUGGGACACCAAAUGUAAAAUGUUUGUCCAACAUGAUUUACUCUUUUUCUCUCCUCCUGAUCAGUCUAUGGGUCUUCCUCUAUCUUUCUACCUCCUCUACUGGAGUUAUUUAUACCUUUUUAUUCCCGCUCUUCUUCUGGUCUGCCUCCCUUCAUUUCUUCCUUUUCUCCCUCCGUUGCCCACGCUCUGUCCUCCUCCUCCUCCUCCUCCUGCCUCUCAGACGCUCUCUCCAUUCCACUGUUCCCUCCCCGCCCUGAGGUGAGCAGUAUUCUCAGGAAGGAGCCACAUGUACAGUUGCUAAACCAAGCAAAUAAAAACACUGUUAUAGUAAAGAA